UGGACUGCUGCCCGCCCGGCUGGACCCGCGGUUGGGCCGCCCAGGCUGUGCUACGCUGAGUAAGAAAAGUCAGCCGAGAGUGUAAUUUUUGGUGACUGGAGUUGAAUUUGCCAGGAAAGCAGUGCAGCCUUGGAGGCCUUGCUUCGGGAAACAUCUCUUUUCUGGCCGCUGUCCAGAGUUUAGACUUGGCAGCAUCAAGGACACAGUAUAAGGUAUUUUGGAGAUCAAAGAUGGGUAGAAAAGACUCUUCCACUACGAAACUUCCUGUUGAUCAGUACAGAAAGCAAAUUGGCAAACAGGAUUAUAAAAAAACCAAACCUAUUUUACGAGCAACCAAAUUAAAAGCAGAAGCAAAGAAAACAGCAAUAGGCAUAAAGGAAGUCGGUCUCAUGCUUGCAGCUCUCCUGGCCCUCCUACUGGCUUUCUAUGCUUUCUUUUAUCUCCGACUGUCCACGAAUAUUGACUCUGAUCUGGACCCAGAUGAAGAUUAGCUGAGCAAUAAAUGAAGCGAUCAAUAAAUGAAGGGAAAUAAUUCCGAUAAGAGCAUCCUUGGGGAGAAGUACUUUGGCAGUUUCCAAAACUGAAACAUUUUGAAUAUUUUCUUCUUGGUACUGUCAGUUUGCAGAAAUAUCUUUGUACCUCAUGGCAUAAGGUAUCUGGAGACUUUAUCCAGCAAUCCCGAGUCACAUAUGCUAGUCAAUACUUUGUAAAUCCUUCAGCUUUGGCAGAUACCCUAUUCAUGUUAUAGUUGGAUAACACAGUUUUCAUAUGUCUUCCAAAUUUACAUGUGUAACUCAGCCACUUAAACAUCAUUAAAUCUGCUUUAUCCGAUGUAUAUUGUAAGGAAAAGUUCGCAUUCUUAUUUGAAAAUGCACACUCAAAAUCAUUCUAAGAAUGAGCAGAAGGCAAUGGGAAAUUUUUUGAUAUUUUUUAUUUCAUUUUAUUACUUUUGUUUAUAUGGAUACAGUUAAUUAGUCAUGUGUGUACACAUGUAUUUUGGGUGUGUUCAUGGGUACCCAUGCCUGUUGGGCUCAGGGUUCAACCCUGAAUAUUGUUCUUUUUUAAAAAAAAAAUCUUAUUUUACAUGCCCAUCCCAGUUUUUACAAAGAAGCAUGCUUUCUUUCCAGACAUAUUUGAUAUCAUUAGGGAGACUAUCUGCACAUGCAUCCGCAGGAAUCUUUUUUCCUUCCUUGCCAACUGUUAGUGCACAUGUGCUGUGUCAGAGAUGGCACCUGGAUGACAGAAGCUCACAGAGUCACAUAUGCCCCUAAAGAAGAGUUCCUUUCCUCCUGGGCCGUCUGAGCUGGUGUAAACAGAAAGUUCAGCUGAUCUCAGUUUUAAUUAACUUAUUAUUGCAUUAAUAUAAAAUUGGAAUUCUAUAUUAAUUAUGUUGUUCUGGUCGCCUGCAGUAUCAUUUCGCCCCUCUUGUUAGGGAGCUGUGCAGCAAUCUGCUUUUAAUUGCACAGGGUUUCUCACGGUGCAGAAUUGGCAGGAGUGUACCUACGCAAAAGCAUUUUGUUGGGGUGUCUCUUAAAUCUGAGCAUUACAAAGCCUUGUUUUUUAAAUUACAUUUUGUCUCUUGAGAACUAAUUCAUGAUCAGUAGAGAAAAAUAAACGGUGGAGAAAUAUGCCACGUGUCGCUUUCAUCUGUGCUCUUCUAAACAGUUUGUGAGUAUUUUUGUGCUGUGACAUAAAGACUAUUCAGCAUCUGAUUGGAAGUCAGAGGUUUAAUAAAAGUGUUAAAGAUACAUGAACACAUAAAUCUUAGGAAGCUUUGUGGAUAUAUGUGUAUAUAUAUGCAUAUAUGUGUGUAUGCAUACACAUAUAUAUACGUAUAGCCAUAGAAUUGAUAUUAGCUUCUAUCUACUAUAAAGAUGUAUAGAAAAUGGCUAUUUUGAAAUAUGUGCAGAGUUUUAGAGUGUACCUUGACUUUCUGAGAAAUAAAUACAAUUCUAAGAUCAUUUCUCUACUUGCGAGAGGCGGGAACUCUGAUAGAUGCUCGAGGAGUAAGUCUGGCUGUAGAGCAUAGGUUGUAAAAGAACAGGUAUUCUUUGUUACCUGUUCAGAGGCUGAGUGUGUCAGUGCACCAUUUGUUCUGUGGAAUUCAUCAGUGUGAAACAGCCCAAGUUUCCAGUAUCCUCACAGAUUAUUUAUGCCAAACAUCUGAGGGCAAAAUUUAGCCAGCGUUAUUUGCUGGAUUCUUCCCCCUGAACCCACAGACUCAAGAAACAGAGAAGAGUUCCUGUAUACUCACCACAGAGGACCCAUCCAAGUGGCAUUUUUAGGAAAGGUUGCAGCAUUUUACGCCAUGUGGUAUGUCUGUUCGCAAAGUGAGAGGCAAGGGAAUAUCCAAGCUGGCAUUUUGGAUUUGAUGGGCCUUUUACUUUCCUGAGUGACAUGCCACAUGUCAAGAAAUACUGUUUUCUUCCAGUCUCCUCACACUGACGUGAGCAAUUUCAUUUAGUUAUUUCUCUACCAUAUGGCGCUAAACACAGGCACAUCCACUGCAGCUUCUUUCUGUUUUUCAGUGGUAAUUGCAGUGAGAGGACGUGUAAUAGUUGUGUAUCAGAUACCUGUCCAGGUUCUAGAGUAGCACAGUUAACAGCACUCAAAAGAGAUGCUUGACAAGUGGUUGUUCUGAGGAAAAACUUCACCUUUCUGUUCUGUUCAUGAGAUUUGCUGUGGAGAGAAAAUGUUGUUUCUAUAAUAAUAAAUACAAGUUGAAAUGUACUGUAAUAAUAAGCAAGUUUCACCACCUGAAUUUCUCCAUGUCCUGUUCCAUUUGUGUAGCUGGUUGAUUUAUGACAUUCCCAGAAAACAAACCCCAGACUAA